AUGUUCGACUCUCAGGCAACAAACUCACCACCGUUUGAAUUCUCGUCAUGGAGACAACGAUCCAAUAAUAUGCAACAGCAAACGAACGUGUUUGGAUAUCAACUAGAUGCCCCUUUUACGUGUUCAACGACAUUCAACACUAUUCCCAGAAUCGAUCCACUCUCCAACGCAGGAUCCAUCAGUAUUAUCGAUCGUGUGAUUGACCGUGAGCCACAAGCAAUAGUCGUCGACCACCCAAGUCCCAACGUCGUUCCUAUCGAAAAGCACAGCGAGCUUGAUGAUGCGCAGCAGCAUACUGAAUCGACGACGACCGAUAAAGAAGACAACGACGACGACGAUAUGUGGAUGUCUGUAUCCUACGACAAUGCACCUGAAGAGGAUAGGCCGUUGACAUGGGAAGCACAUGAGCCAGGAAAGCGAUUUCUAACCGAGAUGCCACCAGAGUGCUAUGAAUCAAUCUAUCAACGCUUUGUGCAACGUCCCUUCUUAUUGAUUCGAGAAGAGCAAUUGGUAGAGAGUCUUGUACAAGCACUUUGUGGUCAACCCUCCAUCUGCUUUAGGUGGAACAUGAACAUGAAUAUAUUCGAACCUCGUGCAAAGGACAUACGAAUACUCGGUGUGAGCUCAUCGACGCUUGAUCAAGUGAUCCAACGACUUUUGAUCUUUGCGACACAAAUGCGAAGAUUGGAGCGGGUAUCUCGUCAUUGCAAAGCAAACCCAAGUUACUAUGGCCUCACAGGCACAGCAUUUGCUUGUUGUCUAGGCGACCUUCAUAUUCGAUUUCAGCAUUCAAUAUGGACCAUUUUCAAGUCGCUGAGCGAUGUCACGGUGAUGACAGUAUACCAUUCAGUGAGGACAUUGGCAGAAACGGUGGACAACUUUGCCCGCAUGAUUCAUCUCGACGGCUCUGUACCAGAGCAUCAUGCUCUCUCGGCUUCUGCUAUUGAGCACCUGAGCAAGUUUGGAUUUUAUAUACCCUUUGGCAAAGAUUUGCUUGUCAUGAUACACAAAGAGGUCCUUGCUCAUGAUCUUGCGACGACGGGUGAUACCAUCUUUUAUCGUGAUAUAUGCCUGGCGAUCCUAUGUCAUACAAGCAUACCCUACAUCACGAUGCUCAACCAAUGGCUUGGUCUUACGGGAAGGGCAACAAUCAAUGGAGAGGCUAUAUUGGAUUGGGAUGAUAUUGUGGAUGAAUCACCCUUACAUGAUCCAUACGGCGAAUUUUUCUUACGUGCUUCAACCAAACCUGUGGGUGGAUCACAUCAAUGGACGAUCAAGACGGUGACAGCUCCUGGUAAUCAUUCUGAUUCAUUCAUUCAACGAUAUCGGCUGCGAAAAGAAGACAACCUCCCCUACUUUGUUGACAAGGUGCAAGCCAAUGUUAUUCUUCGUACCGGCUGUGCGUUGCAUUUGCUUCGUCGCUUUCAACCAGGACAUCCACUGUGUGCUUUGGACGAUUCAACACUUCGAUUACGUUGGUCUAUGAAUGAAGCUCAGUAUAAUGAACAUACAAAAGAGCUACGGGAUUUUGCCAACAUUGUCCGCCAAUACAAUACACAACAUCAGAGUAUGGAAAGGAGAAGUCGUUCAUUGUCGCCGACACAAUCAGGAAUGAAUGAAAUGCAUGACAAUGAAACCAGCACCAGCAGCACCUCUAUACCAAGUUUGCAACCUUUGAAUGAAUUGGAAUUUGUGAACGACUUUUCAAGGACGCUGGAUCGUAUCAUGUCAAGUCAUACAUCACUCAACCCGGAUCAUUUUAUACCAACAUUGGAGAUUAUUGUGAACCAAAGCAUCCAUCGACCUUUACAGAUUUGGUGUCCAUUGGUGAACGAGUCAGCAUUGAGAUUAUUUACCCAUCAAUUCCAUAUCGAAGAUCAUUUCCGCUUGCUGCAGCAAUUCUACUUGUUCGGCGAUGCAAAUUUCAGAGCUAGUUUGAUGAACAUGCUAUUGAUGACGGAUGAAGAAGGAUGCGGGGUGCGUAUGCAUGGAGAUCAAUGGCCACCUCGAGCCUCGGCGUUGAACAUGUCGCUUAAAGCGGUCUUGCUGGAAAGUAUUGCUCAAAUCCCUGAACAAGUGAAGGAGCGUAUUUGCAAACCCAUUCAAGAACAACAACAAACAGCAGUGACAGCAGCCAUGCAUCUCGAUGACUUGCUUUCCUUUGGUGUAAGAGAUACACUUUAUGAUAGUCCAUGGAUUGAUCCACGGGCAAUCACCGCGUUGGAUUUUUUGUUCUUGUCGUAUCAUGUUCCUUAUCCCAUCAGCUUGAUUAUCAGUCCACGUAUUCUCGAAAAGUACAAUCGACUCUUCACAUUCCUGCUGCAGGUGCAUCGUGUGAAUGCAGCCUCCAAGCAUGCGUUUACAAGGCUAGCAAAAACAUCAUCAUCAGCCAACGACACUUUGCAUCGGAUGCGAUUUCAAAUUGAUCAAUUUAUCACCACGUUCAGUAAUUACAUUUUCGACACCGCCGUUCACGCUACAUGGCACACGUUUAUGCAGCAAGUACGAGCACUAUGUGAUGAUGAAGGGGAAAGAACCAAUGAUAGCAGCAAUCCCUUUACCACGAUGGAUCCCCUGAUGAUGGCUGAAUAUCACGAGCACAUCCUUGAUCGCAUGUUGUAUCAGUGCUUCCUCAAACAAAGUCUGCGGGCUGUGCAUGGGAUCAUUCACAAGAUUUUCCAAGAUGUUUUGGCCUUUUCAAGUGUAGUGGAUAAUAUUGAUGAUGAUGAUGCAGCUGAUACUUGCAUUGAAAUCCAUGCUGCAUUCAGCCAACAUGCGGAACAAUUUGCCAAAGUACUUGGGAAACUGCACGAUCGGGGUAUCGGGCGCCUUGGUAAUGUCAUGAAUUCGUACCAUGAUCACGGCAACUUUGGUCGCUUUGGUGACUUUUAUGACAAACAAGAAGCUCGUUCAGAUCAAGGCGCUUUUGCUCGUGAACUCUUAACACGACUUGACAUUAAUGGAUUCUACGAUAAGGAUGAUCAUCCCCUGUAA